AGCAGAGAGGAGCAGGUUUCGGCUUACAGCGCAUACCACACUAACAACACCGAAAUACACCAAAAAUACAGGCGGACUGGCCGUCCGGAACUUCACAGGACUUCCCCGUCAACUGAACCCAACUCGGGAUCUGGUCGGAGGACACUAACGGCGGCAGAUUGUGGAUUGUAAAAAGGAGUUUUUUGCCUCGUAAUGUGGGAAUGCUUUCUCCUCUUUUCCGUGGUAUGUGGAUCUGGGAGCGACCAUGUUAUUAGGAAGGUGAUAAAAGGAGAAGCCGGCUGUUCUAUCCCAGCUUAAAGAAGACCCAGGAUAGAAACUGAGAGGGAUACAUUGAGUUGGAGGGGGGAUCACCACUACCAAGGGCAAAUCAGGAUGAAUGUGCCUCUGUACCACUGACGAGCAGAACUGGAAUGAUAUCUUGACCCUUUUUUCCCUGGAAGUGACCAAGUUAGCGAUGAGCGGGGGGAUAUAAUGGCCAAGAACAAGGAUGCCCGGCCCCCGACAUUCGCUGUCAGUGUGGUUGGCCUCUCGGGGACGGAGAAAGAGAAGGGAAACUGUGGCGUUGGCAAGUCCUGCCUAUGCAACCGAUAUAUUCGUCCGAAUGCGGACAGCUACUACUCUGAGCACACCUCAGUGCUGAGCACAAUAGACUUUGGGGGACGUGUGGUUAACAAUGACCACUUCCUGUACUGGGGGGAGGUGUCCCAUCGAGGGGACGAUGGGUUGGACUGUAAAAUACAAGUCAUCGAACAAACAGAGUUCAUUGACGACCAGACGUUUCUUCCGCAUCGGAGUACGAACCUGCAGCCGUACACCAAACGGGCAGCAGCAACCAAGCUUCAGUCAGCGGAGAAGCUUAUGUACAUCUGCACGGACCAGCUGGGCUUGGAGCAGGACUUUGACCAGAAGCAGAUGCCUGAUGGAAAGCUAAACAUCGACGGCUUUGUGCUCUGUAUCGACGUUAGCAAGGGUUGCAACAGGAAGUUUGAUGACCAAAUGAAGUUUGUCAACAGCCUCUACUCCCAAAUUGUCAAGUCAAAGAAGCCCAUCGUCGUCGCUGCCACAAAAUGUGAUGAGUGUGUGGACCAGCACCUGAGGGACCUGCAGGCCUUUGUUGCCAGCAAGAAGAACCUGCUGCUAAUUGAGACGUCAGCACGCUCCAACGUCAACACAGAGCUCUGCUUCAACACGCUUAUCCAGCAGCUGGAUAAAGCAAGGGGGAAGCCAAAAACUGUGCCAUACCUGGAGGCCUAUAAAGUCCAACGGCAGCAUGUUGCCUCAGUAACAGAUAGAUUUGAGAAACUAAUGGUGCACACGGUGAGAGAUUACCACACCACAUGGAAAACGGUAAUCAACAAUAUGAAGGGCCAACCCGACUAUGACGAGUUCAUCACCUUGGAAGGCUCCAGGAAAGCACGCAACAUGUUCACAAAGCACAUUGCACAACUGAAGCAGGAGCACAUUAAGAGGAGGAGGGACGAGUACCUGACAACACUACCGAAAACCCUUAACAACCUCCUCAAUAACCUAGAGGAGGUUGAACACCUUUCAUGGCCUGAGGCGCAGAGUGUGAUCCGCAACCGGCCUGAUUUCCAAUACUGGUUUGUGGUUCUGGAACAAACGCCGUGGGAUGAGACGGACCACAUCGACAUCAGUGACCGCAGGAUACCUUUUGACCUCCUGGACACACCCGACGGCGAGAGAAUUUACCAUAACCACGUGCAGCACUUGCUGUCUGAGAAGAGACGGGUGGAGAUGAAAGAGAGGUUCAAGAAGACGCUGGAGAGGGUUCAUUUUAUCAGCGCGGGGCAGCCUUGGGAGGAAGUCAUGUGCUUUGUCAUGGAAGACGAGGCCUACAAGUACAUCACGGAAUCAGAUAGAAGGGAUGUUUAUUGUAGACACCAGCAGGAAAUAGUUGAAAGGGCCAAAGAGGAUUUUCAGGAAAUGCUUUUUGAGCAUGCCGAGCUAUUCUACGACUUGGAUCUGAAUGCCACCCCCAGCUGUGACAAGAUGAGCGAAAUUCACAGUGUGCUGAAUGAGGAGCCCAGAUACAGAGCAUUGCAGAAACUUGCCCCAGAUAGAGAGUCCCUCCUCCUCAAACACAUUGGGUUUGUUUACCAUCCCACCAAGGAGACAUGCCUGAGUGGGCAGAACUGUGUGGAUCUGAAAGUGGAGCAGGUUUUAGCAAACAGGCUGGUGCAGCUCGACCAUGGACGCUCUAAUCUCUACUAUAACAGUGCCAACAUCGAUAAGAUCAACCUCUGCCUCCUGGGAAGGGAGGGUCUCUCACAGGAACUAGCCAAUGAGAUCAGAGCUCAGUCCACAGAUGAUGAGUACACCCUGGAUGGCAAAAUUUAUGAACUCGAGCUUCUUCCAGUGGAUGUCAACUCCACACUGCUCUUCAGCCAUACGUGGGUCACCACUUUCAAGCCACAUGGCUGCUUUUGUGUGUUUAACUCCAUAGAGUCUCUAAACUGUAUUGGAGAUUGCAUAGGCAGGAUCAGAGCAGAGAUAGCACAGAGUAGGAGAGAUAGGUUUGCUCAGCCGCUGCCGUUUAUUCUAAUCCUGGCUAAUCAGAGGGACAGUGUUUGCAAAAACAUACCUAUCCUGAGGCACCAGGGCCAACAGCUGGCAAACAAGUUGCAGUGCACCUUUGUCGACAUCCCCUCCGGAGCCUUUCCACGCAAAUUCACUGAGUUCCAAAUUAAGCAGGGUCUCCGAGCAGUGCUGGAGGGGCUGAAGCACAACUUUGAUGUCUUGGCCCCACUGCCCUCUAUCAAAGACAUGUCAGAGACGGACCUCAGGAUAGUCAUGUGCGCCAUGUGCUGGGAUCCUUUUAGCGUUGACCUCAUCCUCUCGCCUUUCUUGGACUCACAUUGUUGUAGCGCGGGGCAGCCAGGCCAGAGCAACACACUGAUACUGGACAAGAUCAUUGGGGACACCAGGAGGAGGAUCCAGGUCACAGUCCUGUCCUACCACACAGCUAUUGGUGUCCGCAAAGAUGAGCUAGUGCAUGGCUACAUUUUGGUAUACUCCGCCAAACGCAAGGCCUCUAUGGCAACCCUGCGGGCGUUCUUGGCUGAAGUCCAGGAUGUUAUCCCUGUCCAGAUGGUGGCGAUUACAGACAGUCAGGCAGACUUCUUUGAGAAUGAUGCCAUCAAGGAGUUGAUGACGGAGGGAGAGCACAUUGCCACAGAGAUUGCUGCCAAGUUCACAGCUCUCUACUCGCUGUCGCAGUAUCAUCGGCAGACAGAGGUUUUUACACCCUUUUUCAAUGAAGUGCUGGAGAAAAAGCCGAAUAUUGAGAGCUCCUUCCUGUUUGACAGCUCAUCACGGGAGUGCACCACUGGUGCCAGUGAAGACGUCUUCCCCACCUCGCCCCAUAGCCAUUCCCCGGCCUACAACACCUAUUACCCAGAAUCAGAUGAUGAUAACGAGGCUCCCCCACCUUACAGUCCAAUAGGUGAUGACGUUCAGCUUCUUCCCACACCAAGUGAGCGGGCAAAGUACCGCAUCGACCUCGAAGGCAAUGAGUAUCCUGUCCAUAGCACGCCUGUUGGAGACCAUGAACGCAACCACAAAGUGCCUCCACCUGUCCGCCCCAAACCAGUGCUCCCCAAACCAAAUGUCAAAAAGCUGGACCCCAACCUGCUCAAAACCAUCGAGGCUGGUAUGCGAAGCAACCGUAGGAUGCCACGUGGCCCAAUGACGCACAGCGAGGACGUGGAGGCGUCCGACAACUAUGCAGACCCUGUGGACACCUUGCUAAGGUCCAGGGGUUUCCACAACGACGACAUAUAUGCCGUGCCCGAUGACACACAUAGCCGUCUGGUCAAAAUACGAAACUCCUUUGGCGGGUUGCAUGGCCACCAUGGAGGAGGAGAGGAGGAGAAUGGAUUUGACAGGAAGUCUCAGGCUGGACGGCGGCCUUCAAAAUACAAACAUCGUUCUAAAAUCCUGUUCAGCAAGACGAAGGCCUACCAAAGACGAUUCCACUCAGACAGCGAUGGGGAGGAGUCGGGCCCUGCCACGCAGAAAAAGAAAAAGGGAAGAGCCCACAGGGGCAGCGAGGAGGACCCACUACUCUCCCCUGCCGAUCCCUGGAAGGGCGGGAUAGAUAACCCCGCCAUCACCUCGGACCCGGAGCAGGAGGACAAGAAGAUGAAGAAGAAGAAGACGCCCAAGACGCCAAAGGAACCGAAGAAGCCGAGAUCUUCAAAGCCCCCCAAGCCUCUGUACCCCCCCACCCGCAGAACCUGGGAGAGCAACUACUUUGGCGUCCCCCUGCAAAACUUGGUGACCUCAGACCGACCCAUCCCACUCUUCAUAGACAAAUGUGUUGACUACAUCGAGCGCACAGGUCUGACGACAGAAGGUCUGUAUCGAGUCAGCGGGAACAAGACGGACCAGGACAACAUCCAGAAACAGUUUGAUCAAGAUCACAGUAUCGACUUUGUGGUGAUGGACGUGGCGGUGAACGCUGCGGCCGGAGCACUGAAGGCUUUCUUCGCCGACCUGCCCGAGCCGCUGAUCCCCUACAACCUGCACCCGGAGCUGGUGGAGGCUGCGAGUAAGAAUAAACACACAAAUAAACAACAUCUAUCGAGGAAAACACCUGAACCAUAAUUAAUCAGUUAGUGAAAACAAAUAAUCACAGCAGGACGAGAAUAGAAGAAUCCUUGUUAAUCCGCUGAAACUGAGGCAGUAACACAGAAAAUAUACUUUUUAACUUUUAUGAGACCAUUUGAAGCACUGAGACAUUAACUUUGUUACAAAUCUGAUCAGUUAAACAGCGAAAUAAUGAAAACCAGAUCUAGAUAACGUGUACUUCCACCCUGCUGUCUUUUGUAAC